AGAGCUUUGACUGAGUUGGCGUACAGAACGCGACUACGUCAUGCCAUGGACACCUUUGGUAAUAAUUACUGUGCUCUUUGGCGCUAUUUACGGCAGUCGGUUUAUGGAUAAUAUAUUACAUCGACCUUAUGUGGCGUUGAAAAGUUCAUAUUCUGAGCCUGUAUCUAAUGAUGGAUCCAAAAGUUUAAAAAAUUAUGAGAAAACACCCAAAACAUUAGCUUUUGGAUUAGAUACAAGUGCAGAAAUACCAUGUCAUCAUUUUAGUGGGUUGGAAAAUAAUUUUGUGAAAAUAUUUUAUUCAAAUGAAAUUAAUGAAUGUGGACAAAGUUUUGAAAAUAUUGAUCGGAAAAAUUAUAAUGGUGAUCUAAAGCAGAAAAGGUACUAUAUAAAUAAUAAUAUAGACAUUAAGGAUCUUCCUUCAAAUGAUGUUUCGGGAAUAUUUAAUGAAGUAUCAGCUUUGCAUACUGUUUCAACUAAAUCAGUUGAAUCAGAUGCCUUAAACAAAGAUACAGAAUCACUUUCUCCAUAUAUGGAAAGUAGUUCUAUAUCAAAUUUACCAGUUUCUUACUAUUCCGAUUUCUAUGAAGAUUUAAUACCAUUGGAAACUAGCUUAGAGAAAGGAGAAUUUAAGCGAUCUGGACCUCCUAAUAAUGUUGCUUGUGACUGUAAAAUAAAGAAUAAUUUAGUAGAUUUAGGAUUGCAACAUUAUCCACGUUAUUUACUUAAUGCAGUUUGUCAAACAGAUCAAUCCCCAAGUGAAUAUCCACCAAAAUGUUUGCGUGGCUCCUUUUGUAAGCCAUUGGAAUAUAAAGUCAAAGUGCUUUCAUUUCAUCCAGUUAUAAAUCAUGUAAAAAAUGAUCCAACUUUAGAGUGGCUUUCUGAGGAUUCACAAUUUUGGAAAUUUGAAACAGUUACUGUUGCUGCUGGCUGCUUUUGUGCUUAUUGAAUGUGUUAAAAAUAUAUGGAUAAAUUG